GUUACUCCAACUUUUCCUUUCUUUUUCUUUCCACAUCAUACACUCCUUCAGCGACUCGUAUGCUGGCCAUACUCAUUGGCCUCCACAAUGCCUGAGCCACCUUCACCCCUCACAGCCGCGUCUGCGACCUUGUCCUUCCUCGACUUCGCUACGAAUUUCCUCGAUACUGCUCUGAAAGGCAGCGCACUACCAGGCAGCACCACCCAAGACCCCCAAGAACUCGCCCGCGAAGCAGAGCAGCUGAAAACGGUCGAUGCCACUCGCGAUCUUCCGAAAGACCUGCUUAGCGACAAACAAGCGGCCGAUGCCAAGGACACCGAGGCCGAACGAGGGCUGCAGCGAGCGUUGGAACGAUGCAAGCUCCUUGCGGACAAGGUAAUCGCUGCGCUGCAAGGCUGUCAAGUGGAGAGCAAGGAUGGGAGUAAGAGCGUUAAGGUGGACGAGAAGCGGAAGGGGGAGAUGGAGAAGUGCAGGAAGGAGAUGGAGACUUUGAGAGUUGAGUGCGCUUCACAGCUACUGCGGCUCUUGAACGAAAGACAAUCCGCCGAUGCAAAGAAGCUCGAUCGCUUACGACAACGAGAUGCCUCCAUGGAAGCAAGAGUGGCACGGCGAUUCGAAAGACUGCGACAAGAGCUGACAACCGCACUUAGCCAAAAAGGAAGCAAAGACAAAGACAAGUCAAGCAGACCACUCUCCAUCAUCCUGAACGACAUGCUCAUCGAAGCCCGACACGUCAAAAUGGCGCAAGAAAUCCUGCUCAGCUUGCGCUACGACGGCAUGGAAUCUCGGAAACACACCAUCGCCGAAACGCACGGCGUCACAUAUGAAUGGGUCUUUUCGUCGCCCAAAAGUCUACGCAGGCAGAAGGGUAUGCAGGCGAACUUCUCAGAGUGGUUGGAGAAAGAUGGCGGCAUCUUUUGGAUCACGGGGCAUGCUGGUUCGGGCAAGUCGACGCUGAUGAAGUUUGUCGAGAAUCACGAGACAACUCGCGCCAAGCUGCAGGAGUGGGCGACGGGGUACAAACUCGUCAAGGCUGGUCAUUACUUUUGGGUGAACGGAAGUGGGUUGCAGAAGUCGCAGCUGGGGUUGUUGCGAGCGCUCUGCUUCGCCAUUCUGCGUCAGUGUCCCGACUUGCUGCCGCAGCUUUGUGAAGAGCGGUGGAAUGCGGGCGAUGCGCGGCAGCAGCACGAAAAGGAGUGGAGUAUCUCGGAGCUCCAGCGGAUUCUGCAUCUCCUACAAACCUCCGAAUUCAAAGAGACGGAUGAAAAGGUGCGCUUUGCCUUCUUCGUGGACGGGCUGGACGAGUAUAGCGGCGACUACGAAGAGCUGCUGUCGGAUCUCCGACAACUUGCGACGUCGCCUCAUAUCAAGAUUUGUGCAGCCAGUCGACCAUGGAAUCUGUUCGAGGAGGCGCUCGGGCGAGAUCCAACAAGGAUGUUUACCAUGCAAGAAUUGACGAGCGACGAUAUAGCGGAAUACGUGCGGGAUACACUCGAGGACGACGCAAAGUUUUUGGAGCUCGAAAAGCACGACGCUCGCGCGGCCAAACUGGUGGACGACAUCAUCUCCCGUGCGAACGGCGUCUUCUUGUGGGUGUACCUGGUUGUCCGACGAAUCUUACGCAGCAUCAACAAUGGCGACAGUCUGGAAGUGGUGGAAGAGAACGUCAGUCACUUCCCCUCUAACCUCGACGACUACUUCAAGCACAUGCUCGACACGGUCGACAUUUUCCAGCAGCGCGAGACGGCGCAGAUUUUCCGUGUGUGCAUUCGUGCCCGCCAACCUCUGGCCCUCCUUGCAUUCUCCAUCUUGGAUCCCGACAAUCCCAUUUCCAAGCGACUAGCCAGCGACCAGCCCGUGGACCAGAAGGACGUCGAUGCAAUGCACGACAAAAUGGACAAGCAGAUUCGACUGCGCGGUCCAGACCUCCUCGAAGUCAUCCGCGACGGCAGGUACAUCCACGUCACCUUCACGCACCGCUCCGUCCGCGACUUCCUCACACACAACAACAUGGACACGCUCUUCGAGUCGCGCACCGGCGCGGAUUUCCAAACCGGCGAGCCCUUCGAGCCCCUCUCUGCCCUCUGCCGCAUGACGCUGCUUACGCUGCAACGCCUCGAACUCAUCACCGACCCCGAAACGGCGCGAGAGCACUACUACGCCCUCAUCACCGACUGCCUCGACUACGCGCAAGACCUCGAAGUCGCACAGCACACCGUCGCCUUCCGCGAGCUCAACCAACUCGAAUCCAUCCUCGAAGCGAAUGCAACAACCAUCGCGACGAAAAUGGACACAAACCGCACCAACCCCCUCCUCCCCCUCGCCAUCCGCCGCAACCUGUGCCUCUUCAUCAAACAGCGCGCAGCGCAGGGCCCCUCAACCCUGCAACCAACGCUCCAAGCCCCGGACCGUCCCCUCCUGCACUACGCCCUCCCCCGCUUCACCCUCCGCGCCCCAGGCCCCCCCACUUUGCUCCCAGAAAUGACCUCCAUCCUCCUAUCCAACGGCUCAAACCCCAACACGCAAUCCUACCUCCACGACGCCGAACCCCCCUUCACCCUCCGCAAAGGCAGCAUCUACUUCCUCUACCUCCGCACGCUGUACUCCCUCUCCAAGCGGCCUAAAUUGCGGCCCCGCGGCUCCGGCGCGCUCAUGGUCACGGAAGCGCUGAUUGAGGCCGGCGCGUCGUAUGUGCCGAAUUGCCUGACGGAAGAUGGGAAUAAGGGGGAGAGGGAGAUUUUGGAGUUUUGCUUUGGGAAGGUGGAGGCGGCGAGGUUGGUGGGGUUGAGGGCUGCGGGGGGUGCUGCGAGUGCUGCGAAUGGGGGUGCGAAUGGGAGUGAGGGGCAGGAGGUUAAGGGGGGGAGGACGGGGAGUGGGACUGCGAGGAGGCCUUCUUGGGCUAAGGCUAGGAGCUCGUUUCGGCGGUUGUCGAUUGGAACUUCGGGGAGUGCGGUGUCUUCUUCUUGAGAUGCGAGGGGGGGAGAGUAGUGUGGUUUUGAUGAUGAUAGUGAUGGGUCUAGCAAGGAGUUUUCGGUGGUGCGAUAC